AUUUUCAAACAUCUAAAAAAUGGUAUAAUUGCCCAUUUUUAACGGAUUUUUCCCGUAAAAAGGCCACCUAGAAUUUUCGGGAGCCUUUUUUCUGGCUGAAAUUUUCGAAAAGGUAAGUUUUGAUCCCUGUGAUUUUCGGAUCACUAGACUUUCAGCUAGGAAAUCCGAACAGAUGAAAAAGUUUAGGGCAUAAAAAUAUGCCUAUAUCUACCGUUUAAAUACUAAAAUACGUUUAACAUUGCUAUGUUUAAGUGGUUUUGAACUAUAUAUUCUCGUUGGGUGCCCCUGUUGAUAGUUCAUUAGUAAAUUUCUGUAAGACUAUUUUUGUAGCUCUAGCUUGUUUUGUUUGUUUGUUCGUUUGGAAUUCUCAUCCGUCCGCUUAAUUCAUUUAGUUCUUUAAUAUAAUCUUCAUAGCGUCUUUUAAUUUAAUAUUUAUGACCGCUACAACCUUUCCACUCUGCCCGCCUCGACUAGUUCUUAUUUUGCUAUUUGAGGGCUAAGAUGGAAAAAUAAAGUAUAUACUUAUAUGUAUAGAGUGAAAUGUAGAUCCAGGGCCAGAAGGCGGGGAAUUAUCCUAACUAUGAUGACCACAGUUUAUCAGACUGGUCUCGCAAGAGCCUUCUAAAUUUGGUCAACGCUAGAGCUGGUUAUUUAAGAAUCAGGCGGUGGAUUAAUUGGAACGAAGUAUCCUGGGAGGGCCCAUUCCUUAGAGCAUUAACUUGAAACUCAUUUUAGAGGCCGAACCGAAUGUGAUGGGGUAUUUGGAAGAAGUCAAUGCAACCGGAGAGAGCAACCAAAGCGACAACAGUCUUUUAUGGAUAGAUAAUAAAACUUAGUAUUACAACUAUUUCUUAAUAUAUGUCAAAAUAUUUUCCGAAUUUUAAAUUUCCUUCAAGAUAUCGACGAUUGUGCUGAUGGACCAUGCGAAAAUGGGGGAAGUUGCACAGAUGCUGUUAAUGAUUUUAAUUGUAGCUGUGUUCCUGGAUACACGGGAAAGAAUUGCAGUAUUAGUAAGCCAAUUCUCCAUCUUAUAGAAUAGUCACCUCACUCCUUUAGAUCUAUUAUAUUCAUGUGUUGACUAUCCAAUGUCGUCCGUUUACAUUGUUUUUUAGAAAUAAAAUCUGAACAAACGUUUGAAGCUAAAGCCAAGAGAGGCUGUUGCUAAAAAAAAAGCCGUGUGUUAUCAGUUGCAACAACAUUCACUCUCAACUUACGUUUCUUAACUUUGGUGUUUUUUGUUUAAGAAGCCACAGCUUUAUUGGCUGUGCUCAGUAUCCCGGCCUUUGAAUCAAAGCGAUAGAGGAUUGGAUGUGUCCUUGUUAUGCAACAAAUCUUUCCACUUUUCACGUGAAGUCGUGAUUUUCUCGCUGGUGUUAUAACAAGCCUGUGAACACGAGUGAAAAAAAAAAGGUUAUGGAGCAGUUUAGUGACCUAACCCGUAUCAAGUCGCAUCCUGAAUCUUUAUACGAUUUCAGAGUAUAUUAUAUUUUAUGUAUUUUAAAUUUUACUUAAGAUAUCGACGAAUGUGCUGGUGGACCAUGCGAAAAUGGAGGAAGUUGCACAGAUGCUGUAAAUGAUUUUAAUUGUAGCUGUGUUCCUGGAUACACGGGGAAGAAUUGCAGUAUUGGUAAGCGACGUUCUCCAUGAAAUAGAAUCAUUUUAUUUACAUGGCAAUUAAUUACUGACUUAAUAACUGCAUGAGUAUAAAAUGCAUCGAAAUGCAUAUCGAACUCAGCAGGCGGGGAAUUAUCCUAACUAUGAUGACGACAUUUUAUCAGACUGAUCUCGCAAAAGCCUUCUAAAUUUGGUCAACGAUAGCUGGUUAUUUAAGAAUCAGUCGGUGGAUUAUUUAAUUGAAACGGAGUAGCCUUGGAGUACGCAUUCUUUAGAGCAUUAAUUUGAAAAUCAUUUUAGAGGCCGAACCGAAUGUGAUUAUAUGGGCGAUUCGGAAGAAACUAAUGCAACCAGAAAGGGCAAAAAAAGCGAUUAUAUUACAGUCUUUUAGGGAUGGAUAAUAAAAAUUAUUAUUAAAACUAUUUCGUAAUAUAUGUCAAAAUAUUUUCCGAAUUUUAAAUUUCCUUCAAGAUAUCGACGAUUGUGCUGAUGGACCAUGCGAAAAUAGAGGAAGUUGCACAGAUGCUGUUAAUGAUUUUAAUUGUAGCUGUGUUCCUGGAUACACGGGAAAGAAUUGCAGUAUUGGUAAGCCAAUUCUUUAUGUAAUUAAAGAAUCAUGCUAUUUACAGCAAUUAAUUACUGAUUUAAUCACUACAUGAGCUUUUAAAAAACUUUUCAUGACUUAUUGCUCUCGAUAAUGGAAACAGAGGAUGAUUAUGUUGAAGUGCCCAUCUGCUACAAAAAAUUGCAAAAUCUGCAGCCACGACUUCCUGCAAGACUAUUUUUGUUACUCAAGCUUGUUUUUCUUUGUUUGUUUGUUUUUUUUGGAAUACUCCCAUGAUCCGUCCGCAUAAUUUAUUUAGUUCUUUAAUACAAUCUUCAAAGCGUCUUUUAAUUUAAUAUUUACGACUGCUAUAACCUUUCCACUCUGCUCGCCUCGUCUAGCUCUUAACUUGCUAUUUGAGGGCGAAGAUGGCCAAAGGAUGUAUGCAAAAAUAAAGUACAUAAAUUAUAUGUAUACAGUAAAAUGCAGCAAAAUGCAGAUCUAGGCCAGAAUGCUGGGAAUUAUCCUAACUAUGAUGACGACAUUUAUCAGACUGAUCUCGCAAAAGCCUUCUAAAUUUGUUCAACGCUAGCUGGUUUUUUAAGAUUCAGUCGAUAGAUUUAUUGAAACGGAGUAGCCUGGGAGGACGCAUUCCUUAAAGCAUUAAUUUGAAAAUCAUUUUAGCGGCCGAACCGAAUGUGAUUAUAUGGGGUAUUCGGAAGAAGUCAAUGCAACCGGAGAGGGAAACCAAAGCGACUACAGUCUUUUAUGGAUGGAUAAUAAAACUUAGUAUUAGAGCUAUUUCUUAAAAUAUUACAAAAUAUAUAUUUUCCCAAUUUUAAAUUUCCUUCGAGAUAUCGACGAUUGUGCUGAUGGGCCAUGCGAAAAUGGAGGAAGUUGCACAGAUGCUGUGAAUGAUUUUAAUUGUAGCUGUGUUCCUGGAUACAUGGGAAAGAAUUGCAGUACUGGUAAGCCAAUUCUCCAUGUUAUAGAAUAGUCACCUUAGAUCUAUUAUAUUCAUAUGUUGACUAUCCAUUGUCGUCAGUUUACAUUGCUUUUUAGAGAUACAAUUUGAGCAAGCGUUUAAAGGUAAAGCCAAGAGAGGCUCUUUCUAAAGGAAAAAGCCCUGUGUUAUCAGUUGCAACAACAUUCAUGAUCACUCUCAACUUACGGUCUUAACUUUAGUGUUUUUUGUUUAAGAAGCCAUAGCUUUAUUGACUGUGCUCAGUAUCCCGGCCUUUGAAUUGAAGCGAUCGAGGACUGGAUGUGUCCUUGUUAUGCUACAAAUCUUUACGCUUCUCAUGUGAAGUCUUGAUUUUCGCGCCGGCGUUAUAACAAGCCUGUGAACAUGAGUCAAAAAAAAAAAAUGGUUAUGGAGCAGUUUAGUGUCCCAACCCGUAUCAAGUGGCAUCCUGAAUCUUAAUCCAAUUUCAAAGUAUAUUAUGUAUUUUACAUUCCGCUUAAGAUAUCGACGAAUGUGCUGAUGGACCAUGCAACAAUGGAGGAAGUUGCACAGAUGCUGUGAAUGAUUAUAACUGUAGCUGUGUCCCUGGAUAUAAGGGCAAGAACUGUAGUAUUGGUAAGCCAAUCGCCGUCUUCAUGGUUUUACUGAAUGCUAUCAGUAAGAGUUUCUUAACAUACAUAACGAAAAAUCAAACAAUAUUAUAAAAGACUGCAAUAGGGUGCCGACCAGAUAUAGUAUAAGAGCUUAACAAUGUUGUCGUCGUGUUCUCCGCUCCCGAUGAAUUUUAGUUGGCGUUCUCCAAAGUAGUUUUGGUGGAUAAUCGUCGCCGGCGAGGAUUUCCAGCCACUUGUUGAGCUUGCUGUUCUGUGUCAUUUGCAUGGGAAAUUGCUCGUGAUUCACCGAUCGUAAACAUUGUUUCACAGACGAUGAAUAAACACAUCAGCACUUCUCUUGCCCUUCAUGAAUUCAACAUGAAGUGCGCCCUGGUCAUGCUGCCUAAAAACAAAUAAUGCGCCGUGACGUAAAAAUUACUGUAUGAAGUCAUGAAGGACACCAUCGGAAAUUUACAAACAUGGGCGCUGUGAGUUUGCAGCUCGCUAUGACCCGCGGGCGCUUUGCGCGUGACAAGAUUAUAAAUCGUUUUCGCGAAGGCGCUUCGCAGUCGCAGUCAUGAGCCAUCUCACUACAUUUCUGUUAUACCAACGAGCGACUGACAGGAGGAAAGAGGGUUUCGUUUUAAACAUUCAACCAUUAAAACCCUUUAGACAAACAUCGUGUUAGUUAUAUUUUUCAGUCGAGCAUUUUUCUAGAAAAUAUAUAUAAUCACUAUUAUUUUCCUUCCUGUCUUAAGAUAUCGACGAAUGUGCUGGUGGACCGUGCGAAAAUGGAGGAAGCUGCACAGAUGUUGUGAAUGAUUUUAACUGCAGCUGCGUACCUGGAUUCACGGGGAAGAAUUGCAGUAUUGGUAAGCAAGUUCUACGCCAGUUCCUGGCACAAUUCAAUUAUAACAAUCAGCUGAUAAGUUUUUCUUCUGAAGCACUUAGUGAACGUAAUAAUACUCAAGAGUUGUCUUUUCGAUGAUUUUAUAUAAAUUAUGAGAUUAUUAGAAUACUGCAAAUCCGUUUUCACAUCUUAUGUUUUUAAGAUAUUGACGACUGCACUGAUAAACCUUGCGAAAAUGGUGGGAAAUGUAUUGACCGUGUGAAUGGAUAUGUUUGCAGUUGUGUUUCUGGCCUCAAAGGAAGUCACUGCGCAGUUGGUAUGUUUAAGAAUUAUUUUUUUCAAGGGUGAGGUCACAGUGCCUUGGGUCGGCAAGUACGCACUUAUGCAUUCGUACCUGAUAAAGAUCGUCCCCUACUGCAUCAAAACAAACCUUUAACUUAACUUCAUCUGGAAGAAAGAAAGAGAUGAGAUGUAUGUUGGAUUUUUUUGGAAUAUAUCUUAAUGGGAGCAACAGUGAGCGUUUUACCAGCCAGACCUGUCCCGGCCCGUCGUUGUUGGAUGCUAUAACUUACACAUGGUUUAUCUAAAUGAGCUGUGUCACGAAAAUUCAAACCUUGGGAACUACCAAAAAACUGAUUAAAACAUGAAAAUAACCUCUCAAAACGGUAAAAUAAAGUUAAAAAUAACACAGGAAGUAGAAAAGGAGGCACAGAUGAACAAUUUUUUAAACAGUUUUUCAAAGCUUUUUUGCGGUUGUUUGUGACGUUUGAAAUAAAACACAUUUUUCUGACACGAAUUCAAAGCUGUGAUUUUGUCAUUCACAACUAAUUCAGUCUGAAGUUCCAUAGCAAAUAGAACGACUUUCUAAUGGUCUUGAAAUGACAACGCGCGAACAAAACAGAAACAACAAGCGAACGGAAAUAGUGCGAUUUGAUUGGUUUAUCGAACGGAUCUGACAAACUCGCGUGGUCACGUUGGUUGGUUAAGCAAACGCUAGGGUGAAAAAACUUCAUGCCAGAGAACUUUUUAGAAAUCAAUCGAUACUUCGCUUUGACGUCAUACUGCAACACGAUUGGCCAAUCGAACAAUACCUUCUCAAAAAUUAGCGUUUUCUUUGGCGGGAAAACGAAGAGUUCAAUGUGUUUUGAUGUUUUCAUCCAUUGGUUGAUAAAACAAGUAACGAACACUUACCGAAACCAUCGUUUUCAAGGUCAUACGAACUUUGCUCUAAGGACGUGUAAUUAACAUUAUAAAAAAAAAUAAACUAACCAUGCAGCACUUAAUCACAGCCCCAUUAAGUUCAGUCGCGGAUUUUGGGACGGGGGCCUUUCCCGGCCGUUAGGCUCAGAGACCAAAUAUGGGUCCCUUUGGACUGAGGCCCUGCUUAACUAAAUGCUUCCCGGUUUCAGUCAAAGAGCAGACCUUCUAGUCCGGCCAUUACUUCAAGAUUGUGGUCUGGCUAUGAACUUCAACCACUUUAUCCGAGGUGGCUUUGGAAAAACCCUUAUGUGCAUUUUUAAAAUAUACUUAUUCCUUCCUUUGUCUUUAGCACUUAAAGACGGCGGAUGUAAUGCCUUUUUCGAGGGAAAUGACUGCGAAAAAGGUACUUAUAAUUCAGGUUUUUUAGUCUUCAGUGAUUUCAUCCAAAAGGUGGAUAUACAGUAGCUGGAAUUUCUAUUGCUUUCCGAAUGCAACUUUGGAAACUGUUCAGUAAAUGAAGCUGUAUAUAUGUACGACUUGUGUUGUUCGAACAGCGAUACAGAGCAUGCGUUCAUAACCAUUAAUUCAUAACCAUUAAUCAUAACCAUAUGCAUAAGGACAAACGCACGCGCAGAAUGGCAUAUUUGACUCAAUUUUCGAUGCCAGCCCUCCUCAACCCAAUGAUAAAUAAGAUGGCGGACGCUUAUUGCUUUUCAUAAGUUCGCAUGGUCUGGGUCAAAGUGACGUAUGAUUGGUCCACGGCCUUGUGCUUUUGCUUGUGCUUAUGUCGACCCAGUUUUCACUAGUCAAAGCUACGACAUAAGCAUAAGCGCAAGCACAAGAAGAACAAACUUGUCCGUUUUUCUUGUGCUUAUGCUUAUGUCGACCCAGUUUUCACUCGCUUACACAUGUGCUUGUGCUUAUGCUUAUGCUUAAGCGCUAGUGAAAACCAGGCUUUAAGGGCAUGGUCUUUCAAACAUUUUUCCCUUCUCAAGAUACGCCAAUUUUGACAAGCCAAGGAUUAUUGCAAGACAGGAGCCGAUUAUUAGAAAAAAAUGCCAACAAAAUAAAAUAAAGCAACAACAAAUAAUUAUUUAAUUAGUGCUAGUGAUAAUUUGAACCAAAAGACGAUGCAUGGAUGUUUUAACAAUAAGUAGAUUAUUUGAGGUGAACGAUUGGAAAAUAAUAUAUUUUAAUGAUUUAAUAAUGUGACUCUCUAGCCGCCGUUAACAGCUUCCACUAAUCCGUCGACAGGCCGUUUGAGAAUGCUACGCGUUGAUUGAUGUCUGUGAUUGUUAUGUGUUUUUUCUUACUUCCAGUUAAACCUGUUUUCUUCGCUGUAUGCGUGCUAAGCUUUGUGGUCUUUUUAGCUGUUGUACUGGCUUUGAUCUCCUAUGUAUUACACAAGAGAAGAAGCGGAGGUUAGUCGGCAUUCUGAACGUGAUUUUGAUAAAUUACAAUAAUAUUCUUAAAUCAGUUUUUUUUUUUCGGGAGUUACCCUCCCCCCGCCACGUUACACAAGAGAGGGCCGGGUGGAUGGGGCUGGCAGGGAAGUCAUUUUAUACACUAUAUCGACUUCUGAAAAUUAAAAAGUUAAACAAGCUUUCUUUUUCAGCUUACUCCUGACGUUUUUAUUUUUAGCAUUUGAUUUACUGAAACACGAAUCGUUAUAAAAGCGUCAAGACGCAUGGAAGGGACAUUAUCAAAGUUUCUAUAAUUACUCUCAUAUCACAAUUACUUAAUAUAGUCAUGGAUCAUCUUUGGUGUUUAAUCAUAUAGUAUUCUGGUGACUCUUAAGUAAUAGUGUCUCUUUGGCCAUUUCCGACUUCCAAUCUUUCACUCUGAAAAUGAGGCUAAGUGCUAAAUCUUUCUUGUGAAAAUGAAUUUUAUUAUCAGUGUAUGACAAUAAAAACAAUAGCUUCCCUCUUAGCCUCGCUUUGAAACAGCUAGGCUUGGCGCAACUCGGAAAUAACCUAAUGAAUUUUUCCUCAAAAAAUUUCAAUAGCAAUGCGCUCAUUAAAUGAUGUAAUGUACAACGGAAGGUUAGAUAUCAUCAUGAAGGUGAGUUUCAAUAUUAGUUUAUUCGGUAACCUUAACAUAGUAUGGGAAAAAUUAAAUUUUGUUCUAAUUACACUUUUUAUAAUUUCAGAUAGUGAUGUUCCCCUUGAAAGCAAUAACAAGUAA